UACAUCGUACUCUGCUAGAUGUCUUCCGGUAGUUUUGACUAAUAAACUCUUUUUAUACCAAAAUGGCUCCGAAACCUAAGUCCACGGAUAAAGCAGGUGGUAAAUCCGCUGAAAAAAAGGGGUCGGAGAAAAAGACAGAAAAGAAGCCAGCAACGGCAACUUCUUCGUCUUCUAAAGUUUCAAAAUCAGACAAGAAGGCAGCUCCAGCACCUGCUGCGGCUAAAAAAGCAGUGGCUGCUGCAGCAGCAGCAGCAGCAGCAGCAGCCGCCAAACCCGCCCCAAAACCAAGUGCAAAACCGGCACCCAAGCCUACUUCAAAAACAGUUACUACCAAGCCUGUGGUUACAAAACCAAAAAAAAAUGUUCAAGGACAUAAAAAAACACCCAAAGGUAGAAGCGCAGCACAUUUACAAAAAGCUCUCAAGGCUCAGAAAAAGAUUUUAAAAGGUGUACAAGGAUCCAGAGUUCGGAAAAUUAGAACCUCUGUGCAUUUUCACAGACCUAAAACAUUUAGGCCACCCAGAAAUCCAAAAUACCCGCGUAAAUCAGUCCCAAAUAGAAAUCGUAUGGAUGCUGUCAAUAUCAUCAAAUUUCCAUUAACGACUGAAGCGGCUAUGAAGAAGAUUGAAGAUAACAAUACUUUGGUAUUUAUUGUACACACACGUGCUAAUAAAUACCAUAUUAAAUCUUCGGUUAAAAAACUAUAUGACGUUGAUGUUUUAAAAGUAAAUACUUUAAUCAGGCCUGAUGGUAAAAAGAAGGCCUACGUGCGUUUAACAAGAGAUUACGACGUACUCAUUUUGUUUUGA